GCCGGGCUGCUCUGCCGCUGCCGCUCCGGGCUGGCCCGGGCUGCGCGGACCUGCAGGACUUGGGUACCUGCGGCCUCGGGCCUCGGCGGCCUCGCCUAGGCUGAGGGCACCCUGAGCUGCGGGACCCGGGACUCGGAGGUUCCCUGGGGCAACUGGUAGCUGUUCUCUGUGGUAUCCUAGCUCUUCCCAAACACAUCCUGUUCUUCGCAUAUCCAGUGUGAGGUCCCUCCAGCUAUAAGGUGGGCACCAUGUCUGAGAAGUUUGACUGCCACUACUGCAGGGACCCCUUGCAGGGGAAGAAAUAUGUGGAGAAGGAAGGCCGCCACUGCUGCCUGAAGUGCUUUGACAAGUUCUGCGCCAACACCUGUGUGGAAUGCCGCAAGCCUAUAGGUGCAGACUCCAAGGAGGUGCACUAUAAGAACCGCUACUGGCAUGACACCUGCUUCCGUUGUGUCAAGUGUCUUCACCCCUUGGCCAGCGAGACCUUUGUGUCCAAGGAAGGCAAGAUCUUCUGCAACAAGUGUGCCACUCGGGAGGACUCCCCCAAGUGCAAAGGGUGCUUCAAGGCCAUUGUGGCAGGAGACCAGAACGUGGAGUACAAGGGCACCGUCUGGCACAAAGACUGCUUCAUCUGCAGCAACUGCAAGCAAGUCAUCGGGACCGGAAGCUUCUUCCCUAAAGGGGAGGACUUCUACUGUGUGACUUGCCACGAGACCAAGUUUGCCAAGCAUUGCGUGAAAUGCAACAAGGCCAUCACAUCUGGAGGAAUCACUUACCAGGAUCAGCCCUGGCAUGCCGAGUGCUUUGUGUGUGUUACCUGCUCUAAGAAGCUGGCUGGGCAGCGUUUCACCGCUGUGGAGGACCAGUAUUACUGCGUGGAUUGCUACAAGAACUUUGUGGCCAAGAAGUGUGCUGGAUGCAAGAACCCCAUCACUGGGAAAAGGACUGUGUCAAGAGUGAGCCACCCAGUCUCUAAAGCUAGGAAGCCCCCAGUGUGCCACGGGAAACGCUUGCCUCUCACCCUGUUUCCCAGCGCCAACCUCCGGGGCAGGCAUCCGGGUGGAGAGAGGACUUGUCCCUCGUGGGUGGUGGUUCUUUAUAGAAAAAAUCGAAGCUUAGCAGCUCCUCAUGGCCCGGGUUUGGUAAAGGCUCCAGUGUGGUGGCCUAUGAAGGACAAUCCUGGCACGACUACUGCUUCCACUGCAAAAAAUGCUCCGUGAAUCUGGCCAACAAGCGCUUUGUGUUUCAUAAUGAGCAGGUGUAUUGCCCCGACUGUGCCAAAAAGCUGUAAUUUGACAGGGGCUCCUGUCCUGUAAAAUGGCAUUUGAACCAUGCUUUGUGUCCUUGCUCUCUCUCUGCCCUGUACCAUCCAUAGGGGAAGAGUGGGCUUUCACCUCUUUAAAGUUGCUCCUUCUGUCUUUCCUCCCAUUUUACAGUAUUACUCAGCUAAGGGCACACAGUGAUCAUAUUAGGAUUUAGCAAAGAGCAACCUUGCAGCAAAAAUGUCUGUGUCGCUGCAAUGGAAAAACAAAAACUUAGAUUGACUCUUCUGCAUGUUUCUUAUAGAGCAGAAAAGUACUAACCAUGUAGCCACUUCGUGAUGUAAGCAAGAAGGUGAUAGAGCCCCCACUGAGAUGCCUAUCGGGGCUCAGCUGGGAACCAGUGUGUAAUCACAGACGUGCUAGAGUUGCAGCGGCUGCUCCAACUCCCUGCUCACCCUCUGCCGUGAGCAAGAAAGAACUUGCCAGAAUGCAUGGUUUAACGUCCUCAUCAAAACUCUGCCCUUCUAUUCUUUUGUGCUUUCACAUGACUAACAUGAAUUUCCAGAAAACUAACAUUUUGAACUUAGCUGUAAUUCUCAACUGACCUUUCCCCAUACUAACAUUUGAUUCCCCCCAUGUGGCAUGUUUUCUGAGCGUUCCUAUUUUAAAGCAUGGAACACACAGGUGAUUUAGAAAGUCUAAGCAGAUCUGAGAAAACGAGCCUGUUUCAGAACAUGGUCAUGGUGAAUAUUUCUGGAAACUUAAGAAAACUAACCUUCCUGCCCCUUUUAUUUUUUUUUAAUUAAUGAUAUUUUUGUUUUAACUAAUAGUAAAAUAGUUUAUGGGUUUGGAAACUUGCAUGACAAUAUUUGAGUCUCCUCAGACGUUCCUGCAGUUUUGAGAUUCAUCCUAUAGAAGUAACUAUAAAACUCUAGAGGGGUAGCUGAGCAGUGCAGGGCUGUCAUCAACGGGAAUAUGACAUUUCAAAACCGUGACAGGUUGAAUCCCUUGUAACAUAGUUGUUGUCUGCUCUUUGUCCAUGUGUUCAAAGAAAUUACAAAGUCCCUUUUCUUGUGAUUCUUAGGACUUUUCCUCAAGAGUUUAGCUGGAUCUCUGGGGAUGUGGGGUGCUCACCGUCUUUCAUAGGCGGAACUAAUUUUCCACCUCCUACUUCCCUGAAAUGCAGGAUUACCUACUUAACUGUAUUCUCUGUUGCGAUAUUACAUAUAUAACGAGACAGUAUCAAAGUAAACAUGUAAUGACAAUACAUAUUCAUAUUCUUGUAGAAGUGGUUGUAGACGCUGAUGCCUCAUUUCCACAUAUUGUCAUUAGCUGUUAUCAUCUAACGUUUCAGUGUAUCCUUACAAAAAUAAAGCAGCAUAGAAAGAA